AUGUCGAGCAUCACCCUCUCCACGUACGCCGAACGCGCGGCGCGUCAACCCAACCCGGCCGCCCGCGCACUCCUCGAAUGCAUGGCGCGCAAACAGACCAACCUCUCCGUCUCGGUCGACGUCACCUCCAAACAGGACCUCCUCGACGUCUGCGAUGCCGUCGGACCCAACGUCUGCCUCGUCAAGACGCACAUCGACAUCGUGUCCGACUUUGACCACGAUCUCGUCGCCCAGCUCACGGCGCUGAGCGAGAAGCACGACUUCUUGAUCUUUGAAGACCGCAAGUUUGCGGAUAUCGGCAACACGGUUUCGCUGCAGUACUCGGCGGGCGUGCACAAGAUCGCGUCGUGGUCGCACAUUACGAAUGCACAUCUGGUGCCUGGGCCAAGUGUCGUGGAGGGCCUGGCGAAGGUCGGGAUGCCAUUGGGGAGGGGACUGCUGUUGUUGGCAGAGAUGAGCUCCAAGGGAGCCCUGACCAAGGGAGAUUACACGAAGGCGUGUGUGGAGGAGGCAAAGAAGGAUACGACCAACUUUGUUUGUGGAUUUAUCGCGAUGAGCAGGGUGGACGAGGUGGAUGGGCCGAAUACCGAGAGGGAUUUGUUGAUCUUGACCCCGGGCGUGGGGUUGGACGUCAAGGGGGAUGCGUUGGGUCAGCAGUACCGCACACCGGAUCAGGUGAUUAAUGAGAGUGGAUGCGAUGUCAUCAUCGUGGGAAGGGGAAUCUAUGGACCGCUGAUGACUGAGGAGGGCAAGAAGGACAAGAAGGCGGCCUUCGAGAAGGUCAGGGAGCAGGGCGAGAGGUAUAAGAAGGCUGGGUGGGAGGCCUACUUGGCUCGUAUCGGUCAGAAGGAGUAG